GGAGUUAAUUAAGUCAGUUAUUAUUGCCUCUAUGUUAUCAAUAAACUUAAUUAAAAAAUAAUUUGACUUAUAAAAAUGUUUAGAUAAUCUAUCUCAAAAAAGCUCAAAUGUAGAACCACGUUCUCCCGGAAUAAAAAUGCCAGUUAUUUACCAGUCUCCAUAUAAUCUCAAUAAUGAUCCUGCAGAUAGUCGCAACAUGAUAACCAAUGAUGAGUGUUUAUCUCAGAAAAGCAGCGAUCAGACUCAUUUAAAGUCUCCUAAAAAUGGAAACCCAACCUACAGUUCUCCAUAUAAUCAUGGUAUUUUCAAUACUGAUGAUGAUCAUAACAUGAUAUCCAAUGGUGGUGAGUGUUUAUCUCAGAAAAGCAGCGAUCAGACUCAUUUAAAGUCUCCUAAAAAUGGAAACCCAACCUACAGUUCUCCAUAUAAUCAUGGUAUUUUCAAUACUGAUGAUGAUCAUAACAUGAUAUCCAAUGGUGGUGGGUAUUUAUCUCAGAAAAGCAGCGAUCAGACUCAUUUAAAGUCUCCUAAAAAAGGAAACCCAACCUACAGUUCUCCAUAUAAUCAUGGUAUUUUCAAUACUGAUGAUGAUCAUAACAUGAUAUCCAAUGGUGGUGCGUAUUUAUCUCAGAAAAGCAGCGAACAGACUCAUUUAUAUUCUUCUAAAAAAAAUAAGCCAAUUAACAAGUCUCCAUAUAAUCCCAAUAAUGUUCCUUAUAGUCGCAACAUGAUAACCAAUGAUGGGUGUUUAUCUCAGAAAAGCAACGAUCAGACUCAUUUAAAGUCUCCUAAAAAAGGAAACCCAACCUACAGUUCUCCAUAUAAUCAUGGUAUUUUCAAUACUGAUGAUGAUCAUAACAUGAUAUCCAAUGGUGGUGCGUAUUUAUCUCAGAAAAGCAGCGAUCAGACUCAUUUAAAGUCUCCUAAAAAAGGAAACCCAACCUACAGUUCUCCAUAUAAUCAUGGUAUUUUCAAUACUGAUGAUGAUCAUAACAUGAUAUCCAAUGGUGGUGCGUAUUUAUCUCAGAAAAGCAGCGAACAGACUCAUUUAUAUUCUUCUAAAAAAAAUAAGCCAACUAACAAGUCUCCAUAUAAUCCCAAUAAUGUUCCUUAUAGUCGCAACAUAUUGAUAACCAAUGAUGGUAGGUGUUGUAUAUAUUCAAGAAAUACAAAAUUAUCUAAUAAUAAUUUUUAUUUUAAUGUCUAGGGUGUUUAUCUCA